CCUGAACUCGACAUCUCCGUACGACGCCUCCCCACACUCGCUAUUCUGGCUUUCUUUUUAAGUCUCAUCGACUCGACUUAUUGGUGCUUUAGUCGUCCAAGGUUUCAGAUUGUUCCAGAAGCUCUCCCCUUUUCCUCAUCUCUUGGAUCGCUGCGCCAGACCUAAGGCCGGGGGAUCAUUUCAGUUUUUGCAACGAUGAGCGUGGUUGGUUUUGACUUGGGUAAUGAGAGCUGUAUUGUUGCUGUUGCAAGGCAGAGAGGAAUUGAUGUCGUGCUCAAUGAUGAGUCCAAACGAGAAACUCCAGCAGUUGUAUGUUUUGGUGACAAACAACGGUUUAUUGGAACAGCAGGGGCGUCAUCUACUAUGAUGAACCCAAAGAAUUCAAUCUCCCAGAUCAAGCGACUGAUUGGUAGACAAUUCUCUGAUCCAGAGUUGCAGCAGGACUUGAAGUUGUUGCCUUUUGUGGUAACUGAAGGGCCUGAUGGUUAUCCAUUAAUACAUGCACGGUAUUUGGGUGAAAAUAAGACAUUUACACCAACACAAGUUUUGGGAAUGGUGUUGUCAAAUCUCAAAGGCAUAGCUGAGAAAAAUCUCAGUGCAGCUGUUGUUGAUUGUUGCAUCGGAAUUCCAGUUUAUUUCACUGAUAUUCAGAGAAGAGCAGUCUUGGAUGCAGCUACCAUUGCGGGUUUGCGCCCACUUCGCCUGAUUCAUGAAACGACAGCAACUGCCUUGGCUUAUGGAAUUUAUAAGACUGAUCUCCCUGAAAAUGAUCAACUGAAUGUUGCAUUUGUUGACGUUGGACAUUCCAGCAUGCAGGUGUGCAUUGCUGGCUUUAAGAAGGGGCAGCUGAAAGUUUUGGCUCAUUCAUUUGAUAGAUCUCUGGGUGGUAGGGAUUUUGAUGAAGUUUUGUUCCAACACUUUGCCGCAAAGUUCAGGGAAGAGUACAAGAUUGAUGUUUUCCAGAAUGCCAGAGCUUGUCUAAGGCUGAGAGCUGCUUGCGAGAAGCUGAAGAAGAUGCUCAGUGCAAAUCCUGAAGCACCUCUUAACAUUGAGUGCUUAAUGGACGAGAAAGAUGUUAGGGGCUUCAUCAAGCGUGAUGAAUUUGAGAAAUUAAGUGUUCCAAUAUUGGAACGUGUUAAAAAACCUUUGGAGAAUGCCCUUGCAGAAGCAGGUCUUACAGUUGAGAAUGUUCAUAUGGUUGAGGUAAUUGGUUCAGGUUCUCGUGUACCAGCUAUAAACAAGAUAUUGACAGAGUUUUUCAAGAAGGAGCCUAGGCGGACAAUGAAUGCAAGUGAGUGUGUUGCCAAGGGUUGUGCCUUGCAAUCUGCUAUUCUUAGUCCAACAUUUAAAGUACGAGAGUUUCAGGUCAACGAAAGCUUUCCUUUCCCAAUUUCUCUGUCAUGGAAAGGCUCUGGUCCAGACCAACAGGAGAGUGGACCAGAUAAUCAGAUGAGUACUGUUGUUUUCUCUAAAGGAAAUGUCAUACCAAGCAUCAAGGCUCUGACAUUCUAUAGGUCAGAAACCUUUUCUGUUGAUGUACAAUAUGCUGAUAUGAGUGAGCUGCAAGCACCUCCAAAGAUCAGCACAUAUACUAUUGGCCCUUUCCCACCUACAAAAGUUGAGAAGGCAAAAGUUAAAGUGAAAGUACGAUUGAAUCUGCAUGGAGUUGCAUCUGUUGAGUCAGCAACUCUCCUGGAGGAGGAGGAAGUUGAGGUUCCAGUGGUCAAAGUACCAUCUGGAGAACGUGCCAAGAUGGACACUGAUGAAACUCCUGCUGAGGCUGCAGCAGAGGCUGCUGCAGCACCUCCAAGCUCCAAUGAUGCGGAUGUUGAUAUGCAAGAUGCCAAGGCAGCUGUUGACACCCCUGGGAUGGAAAAUGGCAAGCCUGAGACUGGAGAUAAGCCUGUGCAGAUGGAUACUGAUAUCAAGGUUGAGGCUCCAAAGAAAAAGGUCAGGAAAACAAACAUACAUGUGACAGAGUUGGUCUAUGGAGCAAUGAGUCAUUCAGAUGUCCAGAAAGCCAUAGAGAAGGAGUUUGAAAUGGCUUUGCAAGAUCGAGUGAUGGAAGAAACAAAAGAAAAGAAAAAUGCAGUCGAAGCUUAUGUUUAUGACAUGAGGAACAAGCUCAGUGACAAAUACCAAGAGUUUGUCACUGAUUCAGAGAGAGAGGCACUUACUGCUAGACUUCAGGAGGUGGAAGACUGGUUAUAUGAAGAUGGUGAGGAUGAAACUAAAGGUGUUUAUGUUGCCAAACUCGAGGAACUUAAGAAGCAAGGUGAUCCAAUUGAAGAGCGUUACAAGGAAUACAUGGAGAGGGGCACAGUAAUCAGUCAGUUGAUCUAUUGUAUAAAUAGCUACAGGGAAGCUGCAAUGUCAAACGAUCCCAAAUUUGAUCACAUUGACAUUUCUGAGAAACAGAAGGUUCUGAAUGAAUGUGUUGAAGCUGAGGCUUGGCUUAGGGAGAAAAAGCAGCACCAGGACUCUCUUCCAAAACAUGCUACCCCUGUACUCUUGUCAGCUGAAGUAAGAAAGAAAGCUGAGGCGGUUAAUAGAUUCUGUAAGCCAAUUAUGACAAAACCGAGACCAGCCAAACCAGCUACUCCUGAAGCGACAGGUACCCCGCCGCCUCCUUCUCCGGGUAGUGAGCAGCAGCAACCUCAGGAAGAUGGUGACGCGAGCGACAAUGCAGACCAGGCCCCACCAGCACCUACUGAACCGAUGGAGACUGACAAGUCAGAAAAUUCAGGCACUGCGUAAUUUUUCUAUGUAAAAGAAUGUGAAGUUGGGGAGGGGGGGUUAUAGCAGUGAGUGGCUGCUGGAUGUUUGGUUUAGUGCCCUCUCUGUUGGGUGAUUACAGGUAUUUAGUUAUUACUGUGGUGGUAUUUGAAAUCCUUUUUUUUUUUUUUUCAAACCCAAAGAAGGGUUGGAAGGGAAAUCUAUAGUGCUUGUUGUCUACUUUUCCCAAAUGAUGGGAAGAGGCCGAGUCCAUCGAGGUCUUAAAAGUUUGUGUAUGAUUUCUUGAGUUAAACUGUAGCUUUGGUUUCAAAGAAUUUACUUCCAUUUCUUUC